AAAGGCACUUGCUGAUCUUGGCUGCUUGGGUGGAAAAUUGUAAACAGCCAAAGAAUUUUGUUUGCUUGCAUGAGGCCAGGGGACGCUGCCCGGGUCCAAGGCAAAAGAGCCUGGGAGGAGGGAGAGGCCACAUCCUGGAAGCCCAGGAGCUCAGGCAGGGUUAUGUCACCCCCACUCCCCCUCCUGAAGGCCCCUGGUCCUCCCACUAACCCCCACCCUUCACCUGCCCACCAGCCAGCCAGGCUGGGCCAGAAACACCAGGCCUGAGGUUCAGGAAAGAGGGGCAUGGCCCCACCCUGGAUGGACACAGACACUUCUACUCCAGGGACUCGGCAGGAGAUGGGCAGCAGAGCCAUGCACACUUGAAGUGCCCACAUGGCCUCCCUCACAGACCCCUGAGGAGCUGCUGAUAGCCUUGGGGAGGAUGCAGCAGGAUGCAUUUUGGGGGGAUUGAGGGGUGGAAGCCCACCCUCAAGCCCUGGUAUGUUCACCCAGGUGGACCUGAGGGCCCUCCUUGACCAUUGUCAACAUUCAACCCCUCCAAGGAAGUAGCCCUGGCAGUACAAACAGGGUGUGUCCACCAGACUCACCUUUAGGCCAAGACCCCAGACCCUUCCCAACUGAGGCGCUGAGGUGUAGGAGCCCCAUCCUAUCCUUGAAGCCCCCUUGGGUACCUCACUCUGUGUUUGGUGGGGCAGUUCCUCCCACCUUCAACCUUGGAAGAAAGACUGAAGUUCAUGGAGAUGGCAUAGAAUGCCCCUCACCUCCCAGCAGAGACAUGGGACCACCGGUCAUGACGGGGCUCUGGAUGGUCCCACACCCUGCAGUGCAGAAGUGAGACUUGCCGCCUGCCUCCCUGCCCUGCCUGCCCCUCUGGCCCUCUUCUCCCGCCCCAGACUGUCUGUCAUCAAAGCCACUGCCAGCCAGGUGGCAGAAGUACUAAGUGGCCCAAGCCCUAAGGAAGGACUGGGGCAGGGUCUUGGGGGCCCAUCAAACCUCCACUUGAGAACCCCCGCUCCGACCUCUGACCCUGACCGGCCCUUCCCAGCUGGCACCUGGGGACUGAGGUGGCAGCUGAGCCCCUCAUUACCCGCCUCCAGCUCCCAGCUAUGGAGGGACAAGUGAAGAAACGAGUCCCUGGGGGUGCCCCAUCUGACCAAUCCCUCUGCCAGAGCUGCCUGGGGCUAGGGGGGUCUCUAUUGCUUCUUCCUUAUUUGCCUUGACUGCCGGCCUCAGUUCCAGGACCGCUGCGUGGGGCAUCCUGUUGCUCUGAAGCCCUACGGGGGGAGGGGUCGGCCCUACCCGCCCCUCCCUUGUGCCCGCUCCGCUCUGGCCACCAACUCCAGCCGGUCCGGCUGCCUGCCCAGUCACCCGAUCCGCCCCGUAAACUUGACGGCGGGGCGCGGCUGGCUUGGUGGGGGCGGGGGCUUCUCCUUAAAGGAGCCGUCAGAGGGUGCCCUAGGGCCCCUCGGCUUCUCCCCUUCUGCAGGGUGAGAAGGGGCCAGGGUGAGGAGCCGCUGAUGCCGGAGCUCUCGGUGGAGUGUGGGAAGGCAACCUGGUGUUUUGUGACGUCGCAGACCUCACGGGCCCAGAAGAGGCAGCGGCAAGUGUCAGUGGAAGGAAGGAGGGAGGUGGGAGUCCUAGGGUGGGAGGGGUCUGGAAGCGGCAGAGCUAGGCGGGGGUUUGGGGAGAGCAGUCUGGAACGUGCCCCGGCAGCUGUGCCCCUUGCUUGAAUGCACCCCAGGACCUAGCCCCACGCCAGGGCUACUGUGCCCGGCACCUGCCCAGCCAACUUCUGGGAAGGAGGGUGGGCAUUGCAGCCAGAGCCUGACCCCAUCUGAGAGGUCCAGGGAAGGGCUCUGGCUCAGAGAAGUGGAGGGUCUCAAAGAUGGGGAAACCCUGAGGGCGAAGACGGGAUGGAGAGGCUCAGGGAGACUCUGGAGGCUGGAGAGGGAAGGGCAGCUCACCCGAGCUGGGGGUGAGAAUCUGCUUUAGGCCCUUGGCUCUCCCCACUUGAUUCCUCUUGGGUCUGAAGUCUGAGCUCACAGAAUUUCUGUGUGUGACCAGCCCCUCCCACCCUCUGGGGUGGGGAGAGAGAGGUCAAGCAAAAAGAUGGGGCUGCUGGAUCCAAGUGGGAGCAGCUCCCAAAUCAGAAACUGAGGCGUCUGCCCAGCCCUGGGUCUCCCGGCUGCACUUAUCCCUCUGAGAAGUGGGUUUCCGGAGUGUCUCAGAGUUGAAGGCAGUGAUUGACGCUGCGGUUAUAAUAUUUGCUCACCUGCAUGUCCAGAGAGACUCAUACACUUGUGCACAAACACAUACACACAUGUGCAACAGAAACACAUAUGUACUUACAAAGUGUACACCCCCAGACAUGUACACACUGUGUAGACAUGCAUACAAUGCCAUGUGUGCACACAUGCAUGCCACACCUACAUGUGUAAUACAACACACAUGCCACAUGGUUUCACACAGAUAUGUACACAUAUGCCUGCAUACACACCACAUACACACAUACUCACUACAGAAUACAGAUACACAAAAGGAUCCUUAGAAGCACAUUCACACUCACAGACGCCCACACCAUUGGCUCCAGCUCCAAAUGUGCUUCUGUUCCUCUGUGGGCCCGUGGGUGCACAGCUACCUCCAGAGGCCUGACCCCCCUCCUGUUACCGUCACACCCAUGACUGUCUUGUUUUGCUCAUUGCACUUGGCACCACUGCAAUGGCUGCACCAAUCUGAGUCCUUGUUGGUACUCUGCCCCCUCCUGCAGGAGGACCUUGUCUGUGUGCCCCACUGCCCCCAGCCCCAGUCCCAGGCUGGCAUGACGUAGGCAUGCAGAGUUUGUGAAUUAAUGCCUGUGGGUGUGUGUACAUGAGGGCGGGUUACUGGGGAGGGUGACGUGGUGGGGCAGGCGCCUGCCAGUAUGGGGUUGACCCCGAUGGUGUGCCCAGCGUGGGUGUGUCUGUGAUUGUGGCCAGGCAGGGCACCCUCCAAGGGAGAGGAGGACUUGCAAGUGGAAUGCGACCCCCCAGCCUCUUUCCCCUAGGGGCUGUAAUCUGAUCCCUGGGGACUCCCCCCAGCCUCCCUCCCUAGCUCUCGCUGCAGCUCCUUCUCUUCCAGAUCCCGGGGCAGAGUCCAGGGUGGCUCAAGGCUCCUCCACACACGCCCGCUGAACCCUGAGCUCCCUGAGCUGCAGGGAUGGGGCGGGCUGAGGCCGCCGCCAUGAUCCCAGGCCUGGCUCUGCUCUGGGUGGCAGUGCUGGGGGGUGCUGCCCCCAGCACUCCACGCCUUCGCCUCUCCUUCCAAGAGCUCCAGGCCCAGCACGGUCUCCGGACCUUCAGGCUGGAGAGGACCUGCUGCUACGAAGCUUUGCUGCUGGAUGAGGAGCGUGGGCGCCUGUUUGUGGGCGCUGAGAACCAUGUGGCCUCCCUCAGCCUGGACAACAUUAGCAAGCGGGCCAAGAAGCUGGCCUGGCCGGCCCCUGUGGAAUGGCGAGAGGAGUGCAACUGGGCAGGGAAGGACAUUGGCACUGAGUGCAUGAACUUCGUGAAGUUGCUGCAUGCCUACAACCGCACCCACUUGCUGGCCUGUGGCACAGGGGCCUUCCACCCAACCUGUGCAUUUGUGGAGGUGGGCCAGCGGCUGGAGGAGCCCAUGCUCCGGCUGGACCUUCGAAGGCUAGAGGAUGGCAAGGGCAAGAGUCCUUAUGACCCCAGGCAUCGGGCUGCCUCCGUGCUGGUGGGGGAAGAGUUGUACUCGGGAGUAGCCGCAGACCUCAUGGGCCGGGACUUUACCAUCUUCCGCAGCUUGGGUCAUCGUCCAAGUCUCCGAACGGAACCACACGAUUCCCGCUGGCUCAACGAGCCCAAGUUCGUCAAGGUCUUUUGGAUCCCGGAGAGUGAGAACCCGGACGACGACAAGAUCUACUUCUUCUUCCGUGAGUCGGCAGUGGAGGCCACGCCGGCCCUGGGACGCCUGUCUGUGUCCCGCGUUGGCCAGAUCUGCAGGAACGACGUGGGUGGCCAGCGCAGCCUGGUCAACAAGUGGACUACGUUCCUGAAGGCGCGGCUGGUGUGCUCAGUGCCCGGUGCUGAGGGCGAUACGAACUUUGACCAGCUCCAGGACGUGUUCCUGCUGUCCUCGCGGGAUCGCUGGACCCCGCUGCUCUAUGCUGUCUUCUCCACGACCAGCAGCAUCUUCCAGGGCUCCGCAGUGUGCGUGUACAGCAUGAAUGAUGUGCGCCGCGCUUUCCUGGGACCCUUUGCACACAAGGAGGGGCCCGUGCACCAGUGGGUGUCCUACCAGGGCCGUGUCCCCUACCCCCGACCUGGGAUGUGCCCCAGCAAGACCUUUGGCACCUUCAGUUCCACCAAGGACUUUCCUGAUGAUGUCAUCCAGUUUGCCCGGAACCACCCCCUCAUGUACAAUUCGGUCCUGCCCAUGGGGGGGCGCCCCCUCUUCCAACAAGUGGGUGCCGGGUACACCUUCACCCAGAUCACUGCGGACCGUGUAGCAGCUGUUGACGGAUACUACGACGUCCUCUUCAUUGGCACAGAUGCUGGCACCGUGCUGAAGGUGAUCUCCGUCCCCAGGGGUGGCUGGCCUAGUGCUGAGGGGCUGCUCCUGGAGGAGCUGCACAUGUUUGAGGACUCAGCUGCUGUCACCAGCAUGCAAAUCUCCUCCAAGAGGCACCAACUGUACGUAGCCUCUCGGAGCGGGGUGGCCCAGAUCCCGUUGCACCGCUGCGCUGCCCACGGCCGCGCCUGUGCCGAAUGCUGUUUGGCACGUGACCCUUACUGCGCCUGGGAUGGGGCCGCGUGCACGCGCUUCCAGCCCAGUGCCAAGAGGAGGUUCCGACGGCAGGAUGUAAGGAACGGCGACCCCAGCACACUGUGCACCGGGGACUCAUCCCAUCCUGCGCUGCUGGAGCGGAAGGUGUUCGGUGUGGAGGGAGGUAGCGCCUUCCUGGAGUGUGAGCCCCGCUCGCUGCAGGCGCGCGUGGAGUGGACCUUCCAGCGCGCGGGGGAGGCGGCCUACACUCAGGUGCCCGCAGAGGAGCGAGCCGAACGCACGAUGCGGGGCCUGCUGCUUCGCUGGUUGCGGCGUGGGGACUCAGGCGUGUACCUGUGCGCAGCCGUGGAGCAGGGCUUUUCGCAGCCAAUGCGUCGCCUGGCGCUGCACGUGCUGAGUGCUGCGCAGGCUGAAAGGCUGGCCCGGACCGAGGAUGCUGCGCCCGUUGCGCCGCCGGGCCCCAAGCUCUGGUACCGGGACUUCCUGCAGCUGGUGGAGCCGGGCGGCGGUGGUACGAACUCCCUGCGAAUGUGUCGUCCGCAGCCCGCGCCGCGCCCACCGCCUCCCGAGUCGCGGAGGAAGGGCCGCAACCGGAGGACACACGCCCCAGAACUGCGUGCUGAGCGGGGGCCGCGCAGCGCAGCGCACUGGUGACUCGGCCGUCCCCACACUGGGGACUGGGGAGGUGGCAGCAGCAGGGAGAGGGGGCGGCCAGACCCUGGGAAGCAGCUAGGGCCCCGGCACACAGCGGUUCCUGGUGGAGGGAAGACACCGACCCGACCGGCCCUGGCCAACAGGCAGCCAUGCCGGCUUAUUUAUUAACAGAGAAUAAUCCUUGAAUGCAACCCCGAUAGGGGCGGCCCAGGCUGCGCACAGGGUCCAGCUGGUCAGGAGGAGGCAGAGAAGCAGGGUCCCCGAGCAACGACCUGGGUGGGGGAGGUGCCCAGAAUGCCCACCCUGGGGGAAGGGCCACCUCUUUGGGCAGUAAGCAGAAAGCUGUGAACAGGCUGGGGGGUGGGGAGUGGGGGGUGGGGUGGGGGCAGGCCGACUGUACUAAUGCAAUAAACAUGUUAUCAGCUGAAGCUGGAACGGCCCCAUCAGACAGCC